UGCUUCCGCCUCGUUCCUCCCUUUCCUGUUAGGCGCGAGCGAGGCGAGGCGAGGCGAGGCGAGGCCAGGCGAGGAUCGCGGACGCCGAAUUUGCCGUUUGAAUCGUGCUGACAGCCCUGCUGCAAAGAUGGUCAAUGUUCCGAAAACCCGAAGGACUUUCUGUAAGAAGUGUGGAAAGCAUCAGCCUCACAAAGUGACCCAGUAUAAGAAGGGCAAGGAUUCCCUGUAUGCCCAGGGAAAGAGGCGCUACGAUCGGAAGCAGAGUGGCUAUGGUGGGCAGACGAAGCCAAUUUUCCGGAAGAAAGCUAAAACCACAAAGAAGAUUGUGCUGAGGCUUGAAUGUGUCGAACCUAACUGCAGGUCCAAGAGGAUGCUGGCCAUUAAAAGAUGCAAGCAUUUUGAACUGGGAGGAGAUAAGAAGAGAAAGGGCCAAGUGAUCCAGUUCUAAGCUUUGGGAUUCUUCUUUUCCUUGAUGCUUGUAGCAACGUUAUCUGUAUGAAAAAUAAAUGCAGUAAUAUUUUUGCUCAAA